UUCUAUCAACACAGGUAAAGGGCCUCCCUAAAGCACUUAAGUGACAGCCUUUCUGUUUCAGAGAAAAGCAAGGCCCGUAUAUGUAAACCUGGCAGUGAAAGAGAAAACAGAUCAUUCUCUUAAGCAAUCAAUGAUUUGGAAGCAGGUGGUCAACUCAGUUAGCUUCAGACUGCAACUUUUCAAAAUCACUUUUUAGACAGCAAGCAAAACAGCUGGGUGUAUAGCAUCCUGGAAUCCUCCUCCAAGUGUGCAGAUCCUUCGUGUCUCCAGGAACUCCAGGUCUCACCAUGGUGGAGUCUGAGCGCCUCUCAGCCCAUGGCUGCUGGACUGCCUUCACCAAUUUCUUGUGCACCAGAAAGGGAACUCUCCUAUUUGCUGAGACUAUACUGUGCCUGGUGAUUCUAAUCUGGUUCAGCAUCUCAACACCAGGAUACUCCACUCUGUCAGUGGUUGAGAUGAUCCUUGCUGAGAUCUUCUUUGUCAUCUACAUGUGUGACCUACCUACCAAGAUACAAUCCAUCAACUGGCCUUGGACUGAUUUCUUCCGGUCCCUCAUUGCCGUCACCCUCUACCUAAUCACCUCCAUUGUUGUCCUUGUCGACAGAGGAAAUAGCUCCAUAAUCAUUGCAGGGGCACUGGGCCUUGCUGCUGCAUGCCUCUUUGGCUAUGAUGCCUACAUCACCUAUCCCUUGAGGUAAUAAAGAUAUACAGCAGCUCUGACUGACUGUG